CCGUGGCAAAGAAACAAAAAUGUAUCAGUUUUUGACCAUUUUUAUUAUCUUGGCGAUCGGAUGCCAUGCACUUCCCUACACGCAUAAAUAUAUUUACGAUGAUAGUUACUCGCAACCGCCAGUGCUUUACCAACCAGCUAUUGUCAAAGUUGGAUAUCCAGUUGUUCAGCCUAAUUAUGAUGACCAUGAUUCCCACGACGAUUAUGCAUACCCACAGUACACAUUCGAUUACGGUGUGAAUGAUCCUCACACUGGUGAUGUCAAGCAUCAGGAAGAGAUAAGGGAAGGUGAUGUAAUCAAGGGUUCAUACAGUCUCGUUGAACCCGAUGGAACUGUUCGUGUUGUGGAAUAUACAGCUGAUGACCACAACGGUUUCAAUGCAGUUGUCAAGAAAAUUGGGGUCGCUGCUUACCCCCUGGCUGUUAACGACCACGCAGUCCAGCCGUACGUUGUUAAUUACGAUCCCAGUUAUAUCGGAGAUUAUUGAGAGGAAGAGACAAAGAGAGAAAAAAAAGACAAUUCCAGAAGCUUCCGGGAAUUCCAUGAAUGACGUUGAUGAAGAGGUGUCAAAUAAUUGGAGCAUUGUUGAGUUCAACUGAGGCAGGAGGAAGGAAAAUAAUGAAAAAAUUUAAUCGCAUUCUUAAUUUAACCUGAAAUUCUUUGUAUGUUUAAAAUAAUGAAUUUUCAAAAUA